AUGUGCUGUGAUGGAGAUUGCCGGCCUUUGGGCUUUCUGUUGGGCCUUCCUUUCGCUCUUCUCUCUCUCCUAAUCUCCGUCGUCGGCAUAGCCAUCUGGAUUCUCGGGCUGUUGUUGAGCUGUAUAUGCCCGUGUUGUCUGUGCGUGACGGUGGUGGUUGAGCUCGCGCUUGAGCUCAUCAAAGCCCCAAUUCAUAUCCCCUUUCAUCCAAACUCGGCUAUCGGCGAUUUCCGCUCCCCCCACCGGCGGGGGCUCUCCGAGUUGCUCGGCGGUGACGGCUUAAGGCGUUUGCGGCUGAUUCAUGAAGGAUUAUCGGUGGGAUGUGUUGUUCCCUCACUGGCGAAGGCGGAGCUGGCCCCUGAAUAG